AGCACAAAACGUCAAAGUCGUCCAAAAUGGCUGAGACAGAAACUGAUAAUAACAGUAUUAUUAGACCUGAGAGAAAUAAUAAAGUUACAACGGCUACCAAUGGGCCCCGUCGCGUUACUAUCUAUAAAACUGACACUGGGUUCGGUUUCAAUGUGCGCGGUCAAGUGUCCGAAGGUGGGCAGUUGAGGUCGAUCAAUGGGGAGCUUUAUGCUCCUUUGCAGCACGUAAGCGCUGUUUUGGAGCAGGGAGCGGCUGAACAAGCUGGUAUCCGGAAGGGGGACAGGAUCCUAGAAGUAAACGGUGUGAACGUCGAAGGCGCGACCCACAAGCAAGUGGUUGACCUGAUCAAGUCCGGAGGCGACUGUCUCACACUUACAGUCAUCUCGGUCACACCAAAGGAGGCCGAACGCCUAGAGCCAUGCGACGACGGCUCAGCGCCGGUCGGCGUGAUCGGCGGCGCCGCCAACUCCCGUGCGACCGUCUACCAACGCUACGACUACACCGACAAACGCUCGCUACCCGUCUCCAUACCCGACUACAGGGUGGUGAUGGAGCGCAACAGCGGCCGGUCGUACGUCGCGUUCAACGUGCACAUGGCGGGGCGGCAUCUCUGCAGUCGCCGUUACAGGGAGUUCGCCGUUUUACACCAGCUGCUGAGGAAAGAGUUUCUAGGGUUCAAUUUCCCGAAGCUGCCGGGCAAGUGGCCGUUCACACUGAGCGAGCAACAGCUGGACGGGAGACGGAGAGGACUCGAACAGUAUCUUGAAAAAGUAUGUGCAGUACGGGUGAUAGCAGAAUCAGACGCAGUGCAAGAGUUUCUCACAGACUCUGACGACUCUUCCAACCCAUCACCAGUAGACCUAAAGGUGCUCCUUCCCGACAAAGAAGUAGUAACCGUCUCUGUUCUCAAAUCCACCAACGCGGAUGACGUAUACCGGGCGGUUUGCGAGAAAAUUGGGCUAUCCAAGUCCGUGCAAAAAUACUUCUACCUGUUCGAGAUCGUCGAGUACAACUUUGAACGCAAACUCCAACCGAACGAAUGCCCCCACUCGCUCUACAUACAGAAUUACUCGACGGCAUCAUCAUCUUGUCUCGCUGUCCGCCGCUGGCUGUGGAACCCGCGGCGCGAGGCUGCCGUGUGUGCCGAUUCGGCCGCGAGAGCAUUCAUAUUUUGGCAGGCCGUGGAAGACGUGAACCGCGGCGUGUGCGUCGCAGGUGCGCGUCUCUACCAGCUGAAGGCGCUGCAGGACGUGCGCCGCGCCGCCGACUAUCUCGCGCUCGCUCGCACGCUGCCCGGCUACGGCGACGUCGCCUUCCCUCCUCUACGCACCGACGCCUGUCUCACUCCCACACUUAACGUCACCGUCGGCUGGAAUGGAUUAAAGCUCACAGCGUGCACGGAAGGCAACGCGCAGACCGCCGAGGUGCCGUGGAGAUCCGUGAGGGAGUGGCGAGCCGACGAUGACGCGGCCGCAGCUAGAAUUACCUAUUCCACACACGAUCAUACGAGGACUAUCGCUCUAUUUACGCCAUACUACCAGUUCCUGUGCAAUUGCUUGGACAGAAUAGCCGAGGAGAUGAGCUGGGUCGACACAGGCGACUAAGGAACCCUCAGAGCGCGAGCAUAGCUAGUAAGACCGUAUUACGCCAUCAAAACUCCCAAAUUGGUAGGAAACUACUGGCAACAUUACCAACACAACUGGAGACUAAGGAACUCUCGGUGCGCGAGCUUAGCUAGUAAGACCGUAUUACGCCAUCAAAACUCCUAAAUUGGUAGAAAACAUUACUGGCAACAUCGCCAACUCAAAAUAAAUUAAACCUGGAUAUACAAAAUGGGGCAAAGACGAGAGGAACAAGAGAGUAUUAUGUUGUAAAUAAUUUCCGAACACAGACAAGACAUCCUCUAGACGAAGCUUAGAGCAAUUAUGUCAUAAAAUCGAUGCUGCCAAAAAUAUAGGUGAGUGAGUCCCGUGCCGUGAUUGGUCCGUUGCAAGACACGGGCGUCACACAAAGACACUUGAUCGAAAAUGGAGUAAAACUACCGUAUGUUUAUGGCUGAGGGGGUAGCGCGACCAUGCUCAGUCUGGAGGAUGUCUUUUCUAUGCUUCCGAAUUAGUAGAAAAUACUGGCAACAUUAGAAUCCACAGAAUCCAGAAAACACUGGCAACAUCCAAUCCAUUCAGAAUCCAUCCAUGCAACAUUUCUGAAGAAACCUAGCAAAUUAGGCCGUAUUGAAAAUUUGGGACAAAUAGUGAAAAUGUAAUCAAUGUUGCCAGUACAAAAAAACUACCAGAACGCGAAUCGUAGAACGUUAUUCUUAUCAUUAUUAUAAAAUAUACUAAUGUUAAUAUAAUACGUUUAUUUAUCUUGAUAGUUAAAAUAUUUAGGUAAUGUUACACUAUGCAAAUUACUCGAAGCGUUAAGUAUUUCUUUAUAUAUGGUACCAUUACUAUUAAAUACAGGUCUUUGAUCAAUAUAGUCAGACCGUAAAAAGUCUGCAGCGAUUUUGAUAGCCCACGCAGUGCAAGUGUCACUUUAAACGUCAAACUUCUAUGAAAUUAUGACGUAUAAAUAACACUUACGCUGCGUGGGCUAUCAAAUCCGCUGCAGACUUUUAUUGGUGCGACUAUAUGAAUUUGUUAUUUUAGUGAUGGUACCAUAUAUGUUUAUGUAAGGUAUUCUAUGAACUAUAUGAGAAUUAGUAAGUACAGUUGGACACAUUUAACUGAUCUUUAUAUCAUCUAUUGCCGUUUUUUUCGUAAGAUUAUGAUAAAAUUUUGUGGAUAGAUAGAGUUCCCUAUUAUAAUGCACAGAUACAUUAUAAGCGCAAUUUCAUCGUAUGUCCUAAAAAAUCUUCCAUCCAUAAUGGAAGGAACUUACAAAAUUUUACCAAAAUCUGUCGAAAAGAAAUCGACAAUUAAAUUAAAUAGGCCCCUUAACGACUUGGAAACUCAUUUCAAUACAAUUUUCAAGAAACUCUAACAAAACGCGUCUGUUACGAUUAGGACAGAUAUGACCGCAAGGUAGCGAAAGCGCCACGCGCGGCCUAUGACCCCGAUUAGGAUUUUGAAAUAGACAUCUAUUAGACAUCAGCAAGAUACGAUAACGAUAUGUUUAAGAUCUAACCUGUCAAAUUUGACAUUUGUGCGAUUCUGGAGAUACUCUUGAACGAUUUCCACAGGAUAUGACUUAGAGAUCCAAUUCACAUCUAAUAGAUAUCUUACUCUAUCUAACGUAAAAGUGACAUUGCAAUUGCCCGAAUUGCGCUGCAAAAGAGAACUAGUUGAUAUCUAAACUAUAGCGUAUUGGAUGGAUGGAUCUAGUACGUGUCGUCUCUUGUGAAUAUCUUGAAGUUCGAAUACGGCAGUAUGGCUAGCCACCAAAAUUGGUGUGGGACGGAUGUACUUGUAGCUAUUGUUGGGACGCGACGAAAUCGCGGAGUGAGCCACGCCUGACAUUGUAUUGAAAUGACAAUAGGGAGUAUUACUGCAAUGUUCUGCCAAAUGUAUAUACAUACAUACAUACAUACAUACAUACAUACAUACAUACAUACAUACAUACAUACAUACAUAUAUACAUAUAAUCAUACCCCGGCCGGCGAGAGCAAAAAUGCGUUGACAGCUUAAUAGUGCGAGGACACACACUUUGGUCGAUGUCGAUAAAAACAACACGAUGUACUGGACCACCGUUAUGAUAUGCAGAAGUAUUAAUUAUUGUUGUAAACAAAAUUAAAACCAAGUGUUUGUAUUUAUUCAGUAUUUUAUGUAAUUUUCGUAAUAUACAAUUAGCAUUUUUUCUAAAUUUUCUGAUUUUAAACUCCUUCGCCUUGCCGAUAAAAUCCAUUUCAUCCAACUAAAGGACCGUUCUAAAUCUACUGUAGUAAUCGGAGCAAAACGAAAUAAUUCAUAGUGAUUAUGAAUUUGUUCUGUAUUAGGUAGUUCCACUUCUCUGCCAGAUAUCAAUUUAUUUAAAUUGUUUAAAGUUAAAAUGCCAACGUUCUUCUUCAACACAUUCUGAUACUUAUUGUGAAUAACUUUAUAAUAAUAAUAAUUUUAUGUUGAUAGUUGGUUAUUCUUAGAAACGCGUGGAGGUAUCAAGUUGAAAUAAAUAACAAAUACUAAUGGCUCAGUUUAAAAAAAAAUUGUGCUUAAUUAAAAGUCGACUAUUCUAUCGACAUCUAUAUGUCGAUAGAAUAGUCGAUAUUUAAUUAAGCACUAGGAGCAGACGCAUUUUUGCUCUCGCCGGCCGGGGUAUGCAUAUAAUCAUGCCUAUUUCCCGGAGGGGUAGGCAGAGACCACGGAUUUCCACUUGCUACGAUCCCUAUACAUACCUCUUUCGCUUCCUUCACAUUCAUAACAUUCCUCAUACACGCUCGCCGGUUUAGGGUGCCCUUGACCUGGCCUUUCUUCAGGAUUUCCCCGAUCUGAUCAGAGAAAGUCCGCCGAGGUCUACCCCUUCCAGCUCCCACUUCCACUUCUCCUUCAUACACUCUCUUUGAAUGAAUGAAUGAAAACAUUUAUUUUCUUUGUCAGCCUUCUUUCACUCAUUCUUUCCACAUGUCCAAACCAUCUCAACAUACCUUUCUCAAUUUUUGUCACUACAUGUACAUUAUAAUUGCCAAAUGUACAUUAUAAUUAUAAUACCUAUACAAUGCCGUCAAACAGUUUUUGACAAGUUUUCACAGAUUAUUUGUUAGGAAUAAAGGUCUUGUUAAGGUCGCCGAAAGACGCCGGAUGCGGGUCGCUUCCAACCGGCACGAAUGGAGGUCCAAGGGGGAGGCCUAUGUCCAGCAGUGGACGUCUUAUAGCUGAGAUGAUGAUGAUGAUGAAAUAUGACAUUAAUGCAUCAAGGCUGUUUAUUUAGUGUUUGUGCUAGUGGCGCCCCCUACGUAGAGUUUUGCGUAAUAAUCCCUAUUAAAAGUGAUUCGUUGGUCAAUACAAAAUGGUCGUCGAAGUGUCUCUCUGUGUGACUUUUAUAUUAGGCCCCGUAUUUCCUAUCCUGUAGUUUUUAAGCAACUUCGAGCCUAGGUUGCUAUUAAUCUAUUAUGUCUCAAUUUUUAUACCCUAAUUUUAAUUUAGGUAAUUUUGUACUUACCAACCUUAACUUAAUUUAUACUAUACUUGUACAAUUAUAUUGAAUAAAUCAUGGAGAAUUUGUGUGUAGGAAGGUGCAAUGCAUUUAAAAAAUUAAGUAAUUGAAUAAAAAAAAAAAUAUAAGUCGUAUGUAAACUCAUUGGUCUUAACUGCCAUCAUCAUAAUAUUCCUAUAAAUAUACACGGUGUAACAUGAGUAAACCGAAUAAUUUUAACAGCGUAUUCCUGAUCAUAUUUAGAGACAAAACUGUCGUAUAAACUUUUUUGAAAUUCGCCUAGUUUCAGAGAUAUUAUUAAUUAAAAAAAAAAACGAAUUUUUAUUGUUACAUAGUGUAAAAGGCCUUUUUGAUGGUGAUGUUGCUGCUAUGGGACGUAGUCUAAAUAUCCUUAUUGAUAGAUGUCAAAAUGUGACAAGUAACACUUUGCAAAAAGUAGGUGCUACGAAAAAAAAAUGUAGAAAACAAUUUUAAGUGACAAGUUUACCAAUAACAUUUAUUUUUAUGUACAUAUUACAUUUUUUACUUCUUUUGACCUCAGAAAUGCGUGGUUAAAAUUAUUCGGUUUCCUCAUGUUACACCGUGUAUAAAAUUUUAUUAAAUGGCUCUCUUUAUAGAACUCUCUUAAUAGAUCGACUGAACUCAUUUCAUAUAAAAUUAUCUUAAAUCAUUCCCUUUUUAGAUUAAAUACUAAGUCAGUCAUAAUAUGGGAAAGUAGCUAUGCGGCCUUGAUGUUCAAAAUGACUUACACACACUCAUAUUCGUUUAAAUAUAAUUUUCAGAAUGAAUUGCGUACUAAGCAGAAACGUCUGCAAACGAUACGACAAAAUGCCUCGGGCGAGACUCGAACUCGCGACAGCGAAUUAAUAAUUUGAUAUUUUAAUUAUUUUGUGUUUAGUUCAUUUUGAACGUCUCUCCCGCUUAGUAUUUUCUGCUACUUUACAUACGUUCAAGGAAUUAGAAGCAUAUUUGCAUUACGUUCUUAUUUGCAUGCUAUUUUAACCCUUUACGACGGUAUCUAAUGGUUGAUCCAUGAAAAUGUACUUUAAACUAUUUUCCAUACAUAUCCUUGUUAUGCGAAGUCAAUAUUUUUUAUAUAUUUUCUGUAAAUAUUAAAGGUUAGCGUGUUCCGUGUCAUCUGUGUAUUGCUUUUAAAGUGAAAAUAAGUGAAUUAUAUUCAUAUAAUUUGCUGUUAAAUUUGAUAAAUCUAAAUAUGUGACGUUCCACGGGAAAAAGUACCUUAUGGUGGCUGGCGCUUACAUCAUAUAGCACCGCAAUGGUAUUGGAGCGGCGUUAAUAAUAGCGUAAGCGCCAACCGCUCUAAGGUACCUUUAUCCGUGGGACGUCACAUAUGUUUAAAAAUCGCUUCACUAGCUAAAUGUGUAGAUAUUUUGUAACGGUUUAAUGUUAUUUAAGUUAUAUUUAUAUAUGUGAUAUGGAUUACAGUAUUUGUCUCAAUGUUAUUGAGAUUUGAGAUAUAUAAUUGUUUUAAUAAGUAUACAUAUACAGUGUAGCUUUACAAAACUGGUAGUGGUGUGUUUUGAGUGAGUUAUCCAAGUAAAUUUGUGACGUUCCACGAGAAUAGGUACUUUAUCCUAUAGCCGCCCAGACAUCACAACUUGCCAAGCCAAUUGCAACUUUGAUUUGUGAAAAUUAAGAUUCAAAUUAGAAUGUAAUAUCAGGCCUUUUUAUAGACCUCUGGGCGGCUAGUGGUUAUGGCGGCUGGCGCUUAUGUCGCAUAGCACCGCAAUAAUAUUGGAGCGGCGUUAAUAAUAGCGUAAGCGCCAACCGCCAUAAGGUACCUUUACCCAUGGGACGUUACAUUUUAUAUCUAUACUUAAAAUCCGUGCUAUUGUGUAUAUAAGUUUUUUCCUACUCCUAUACAAUAAAAUGAAGCCUCUCUUACUAAUUAAUUCAUCAAUAUGGUCCUAAAGUUGGUCAAAGUAAAAUGUAAGUAGAAUUUGUGUAUGUGGUAGCUUGAGUAUAUAUCCCAAUUUAUUUACGUUUAUUUGAAUGUCCCAUAUUUGGAACAUUUAAAAUAUGGAACUUGGUUUAUAGCACGUGCCAUUGCUUAGGAACAAAAAUAGAAGAAAUGUAAGCCUGUUAUGGGUACAUUUAUAAUUCGAUUCCUUUUGGUCACAAAUAUGUAUAUUUUAACCUUAUUUGUGAUGUUUUUAUCUACUUUUGCGACGUUUGUUCCAUAUCUGGAACAUCGUGUGAUAAAAUUAAAACUGUGCUUGUAGCAUUCCCUCUUUUAUUAAAUGUUUAGUAAAUCCGUUUCUGUCAAAUGUGGCUUUCCAUCAGAAUAGGUUCCUUAUGCUUCACGUGCUUAAGAUAAACUUUUCUAACAGAAAAUUUCCUUUAUGCUCCAUUCCAUGUGCAGUAAACCUUUUCUUAUGGGAAUUUCCUUAUGCACAUGAAUAACAAGGACCCUUCUCUGAUGGAAAGCCACAAUGAUAUGUAGUUCCAUAAAAAUUUAACACAAAAUGAAGUACUGUUCAUGUGAUUGUUUUUGUGUUACAAAUUAGUAUCAUAAUUUUAAUUGUAUUUUUAUUUACCUACACUGUCGUAUUUAGUCGUAAUUUAUGUUUUUAUUCACCCAUAAAUGCCUAGAAAUAGUAUUUACUUUGGAUUUGAAUAUGAGUUUUUUAAUGUAUAAAAUAUAACCCACUGGGCAUGUAUGGGUUAACAAAUAUAUUAAAGCCUCUCAUGAACAUGUCAAGGUGUCAAGUACUUAGUCAAGUUAAAUUAAUUGUUAGAAGUUAAUGGAGAAUAAAUAAAUUAAAUUAGGCUUGAUGCCGUAACGUAUUGUUAGAUAAAGCUUGUUUUUAAAGGGGCCCA